AUGGACAUAAACCUAGUCGAUGAAGCCAAAGCGGCUAACUGCGACCACAUCCCCAUCAUCGACUUAUCGAACAUAGGUAGCCCAGAUGUCGAGAAACGCCAAGAACUUGCUCGAGCAGUCUACGAUGCAUGUACCCGUGUUGGCUUCUUUUAUAUCAAGGUAUUUGAGAAUCAUGGCAUACCCGAGCACUUGAUCAGCGAAAUCCAUGACGUAGCAGAGCGAUUCUUCAGUCUUCCAAGUGAGGAGAAAAUGAAGGUCUAUAUCGGAAACUCAAAGAAAUACCGCGGAUAUAGUCCUAUCGGUGCUGAACGGACCACAGGCACAGAUGAUAACCCCAUCCCAGAGGAAGAAGCAGCUGGUGUCCUCUCCGAGGCCUUCGUUAUUGGCUAUGAAAACGCACUUGAUUUUCGAAAAUCUGAGAAUGAUCAUUUACCUCCCGGUACUUAUGAGCUGUAUGGCGACAAUCAAUGGCCUCACGAUGAGACCAUCCCUGGUUUCUCCGCAACCUAUAUUCAAUAUUGUGCCACAGUUCUCGAGCUCUGUCGGAGAAUGCUUCGAAUCUUUGCACUUGCGCUAGAAGUUCCGGAGGAUUACUUCGACUCAAAGAUUCACAAUCCUGGUGUCAUUUCUAGAAUGAUGCAUUAUCCCGCUCAGCCAGUGGGAGACCCCCGUGAAGGACUUGGAGCCCAUACAGACUUCGAGUGCUUCACUAUACUUUCUCAGGAUGCGGUUCCUGGAUUGCAAGUCUUGAAUCACAACGGCGAGUGGAUUCUAGCACCACCUAUUCCAGGUACAUUAGUUGUGAAUAUUGCCGACUGUUUAUCGACUUGGACAAAUAAAAAAUUCAAAUCUACGAUUCAUCGAGUAGCAAAUCUCUCGGGCGAACAACGCUACUCAAUCCCUUUUUUCUUCGGAGUCGACUACGAUGCCACUGUGUCUGUUCUAGAAAACCACACAUCAGAGGAAAAUCCACCGUGUAGAGAGCCAUUCAAGGCUGGCGAUUGGGUCCGCGAGAAACUAUCCAAGGCAUAUCUACCCUACGAAGGGUGA